CCAGUUAUCGAUAACCACGUAGCAAGAAAAAAGCAAACACGUCACAACACUUUAGACGCAGUCCCACGCGUAAUUAGAGAUUAGAUCAAAAUGGGCAAACAAGUUGCCGAUUUCCAGAGCAGCAAGCUUCAUUUUUACCAGAAGUUAGCGUUGGCCGUUAUCCUAGGAGCCGUGCUCCUCUCCCUGCCGUCAUUAUGCGCUGGUCAGGGCAAUCCCAGUUUCAAAUACUCGCGGGAAGCCAACGAAAAUUUUGAUCCGAAGAAGGCUCCGCGGGCGGAGCACCAUCAUCACCAUGACCACGAUCAUGACCACGAGCAUCAUCACCACGACCACGGUCAUGAUCACGCAAACGAUCAUCAUCAUGGGCACGAUCAUGGACAUCAUCAUCAUGGGCACGGAGGAAGUCACACUAAGUCGAAGCCGGCUUUAGAUAUGAGUACCAUUUGGCUGCACUCCAUCGGUUCUACUCUUCUUAUCAGUGCCGCUCCCUUUGUGCUCUUGUAUAUUAUUCCCCUCGAUAACAGCGAAGCAAUGAAGCCGCGGCUAAAAGUUCUUCUGGCUUUCGCAUCCGGCGGCUUGCUGGGCGAUGCUUUCUUGCAUUUGAUUCCUCAUGCCACGCAUCCCCACAGUCAUGGAGAUCACGACCACGAUCACGAUCAUGAUCACCAUCAUCACCACGAGGAACACGAACACGGACACAGCCACGACAUGAGCGUUGGCCUUUGGGUUCUUGGUGGAAUCAUUGCCUUCCUGUCUGUGGAAAAACUUGUUCGCAUUCUGAAGGGCGGCCAAGGAGGACACGGGCAUAGCCAUGGAGCCCCAAAACCCAAACCAGUGCCAGCUAAAAAGAAGUCAUCUGACAAAGAAGACAGCGGAGAUGGAGACAACGCCGCUAAGCCAAGCAAGACCAAGUCUAAGAAACAAGAACCCGAACCUGAGGGAGAAGUGGAAAUUUCCGGCUACUUGAACCUGGCGGCCGACUUUGCCCACAACUUCACCGACGGUCUGGCCAUCGGUGCUUCCUACUUGGCGGGCAACAGCAUUGGCAUUGUAACCACUGUCACCAUUCUGCUGCACGAAGUCCCCCAUGAGAUUGGUGAUUUUGCCAUUCUGAUCAAGUCGGGCUGCUCCAGGCGAAAGGCAAUGCUGCUUCAGCUAGUCACAGCCCUUGGAGCUCUGGCUGGCACAGCUUUGGCUCUUUUAGGAGCUGGAAGCGGAGACGGAUCCGCGCCUUGGGUGCUCCCAUUCACAGCCGGAGGUUUCAUUUACAUUGCAACAGUGAGCGUGCUGCCAGAGCUGCUGGAGGAGUCCACAAAGCUGAAACAAUCUCUUAAGGAAAUCUUCGCGCUCCUAACCGGUGUAGCCCUAAUGAUUGUCAUCGCCAAGUUCGAGUAGUUUACUGGGGAGCAGAGCUAAUGCAUAAAUCAAGCUCUGUAAGUAUGGUCUGAAAAAAAGCACAAGACAAUUAUACGGAAUUUGUUUAGAAGUCUUUUCUUUGAUUUUUCGAAUCAAUGGAAGUAUUAAACAAAUAAUUCUUUAAAUUGUUUAAUUCCCACUUUCAGAACCCGUGAUUAGCUCUUAAUAUAAUUGAUGCAGCCGUGAUUAAGGGUGCUUAAGCCUUCAAAAUUUGCGCUAUACUUCGAAAUUAUAUUUUUAUAAAUAGUCAAAAAUACACUAUAAAAAGAAA